AUGCCACACCAGCCACAUUCGCUGCCCUCGCACCCGGCCGAACCAGACUGCUCCCCCAACCCGCCCCGCACACGCGAUGCCCAUCACGUAGCUGCCCCAUUCCCUCUCGUUAUCGCCCCGGACGCUCGGCGCACGCCUCCAAAGCUGUGCAUCGCGUUAUGCGUCCUCCCUCAUCCACUCGUCCGCUUCCUCAUCCCCCUAGCAAAUCUCCAUCCCCGUCAGUCAGCGGGUGACUACCAGGCGCUCAUCUCCAGCCCAGUCUUCUCUCCCACCCUAGAGCUCCGCGAGCGGGCAUGGCCGUUGGCUCUCGCCGUCGCUGGUGGGCUCCAAAUCCUUCGCAACACCCGGCUUCCCGCGCCUGAUGGACAGCCAUCCAUGCCUACACGCUUGUCCGCUUUCAUACUCCUUUUCCUUCUCGAACGCGAACCCUCGCGGUGCACCGUGCCCGUCCUGCCUCGCCACGGCACACCGGCCCCUCCCUCCCUACCCCCUCCCCUCGUCCCGAAGAUACCCACCGACAAGAGUUUUGCGGACGGACCUGGACAUGCGCUUUCCCCCCCUGGAAUGCUUCUGAGCGUCUUUGCGGGACUUCUCCCAGCUCUGCUGAAUCAGUGUCGGAGACCCGGUGCGGCAUGA